AAGCUUCUACUACUAUGUCCAGGGUCGUCGUGGACAUUUCUUUAUAUAAGCUCGUCAUGGCAUCCAAGGCUAUAGAGCACUCUGGUCUUCUACUUGCGUCCAUGGUUGCUGUGGAUAUGCUCUUUGGAUAAGCUUGCCAUGACAUCCACGGUUACUCCGUACUCCCUAUUCUUCUACUAAUUCUUGUCCACAGUCGCCAUGCACAAUCUCUUAUCUUCUAACCCGUGCGUGGUCACCACGUAUGAGCUCCCCUUAUACCUUAUCAUCAUCCGUACAUAGUUACCUUGCACAUCAACCGUUAACCUGUUUUCAUCUAUGUUAACCCGGUCAAUAUUUAUCCAUGGUUAGGAUAAUAAUACCAUCACAAGCCCCCCACUUCUUUAGCCAAAUAACAUAUUGGCUAUAGGGAGUAUAGCGACACAGUUGCCGUGGCUAUAGGAGUACACAGUCACCAUGUCAAUCUUUGUUUUUGUUUUUACCCAUUCAAUCAUUCAGAUUUUUAUUUUUUAUUUGUAACCAAAAUGUGUAUUUUAUAUUCUCAAAUUUAGCUUCUUCCUGGCAGCUUCGUUGGUGAGGGUCGGCACCACCAUAGUUGUACUGCCUAGGUCGCAGUUCGCCGGCAACCAAACCACUGCUCUCCGCCGACCGCCAGCGUCCAUUCACGCAACCAACCAGCCCACCUAAGGUUCCCGUCCGCCAUCGCCCUUCAUCAGCUUUCACCGGCCGCCGCGAGCAAGAGAGACAUUCCAACUCCACCGCCGCAGCGACCUUGAACCUCUGUAACUAAACCCAGAACCGUCGCUAGUUGUCCUUAUUUCAGUUCGCGGCUCAUCUUCUCCGUUGCUUUGUCUUAGUCGCCGCCCCUGUGUAGUCUAGGCCGCAAGUGUUUCUGGGUGAGGAGUACUUCCGUCGUUGGACGUCGGGCUUCCGUUGCCGGACCCCAGAGCACUUUGGUGAUAUCAGGGAUCGCUCGCCACUGCCGUCUACUGCCUGUGCCGUUGCCGUUCUUCCCUGGGUGUGGAUCCAAGAUUUCCAAUUCAGCCGCCUCCGCUUGCAAGGAUACGCAGGGAUAGCUACUGUUGUCCAUCUCCGAGGUGAACCGAAGGAAAGAUGAGCGCGAGCAAGAGUUGUCGCUACAACUCACCGGAUUAGCGAAAGAGGUGGCCUCGCUCAAGCUCAGUCUUGACUCACAAGUCACAUGCAGCCGAGGUCGCUGCGCUUAAAGAAAUACACGCCGUGGAGUUGACCAAUGCAAGGGGGGCGGGCCGUGGAUGCAUACAAGAAUUCUCCAGAGUUCGUGUCUGAUCACGAAGCUUACAUUAAUGCCCACUUGAACGAUAUUAGCAAGCAUUGGUUGUCUACUCCGGAUGGCCGUGAGAAACUGGCCUUAGAGAGCUACAUCUCCUACCAGAUCGGGAUAUAUGCCACUCAACAGAAAAUAUAUCCUAUCUUGAGGGAUAAGGCUGGUACCUCUUGCAUCACUGAUUGGGGACUUCCUCUCGAGGUUCAUAACCCUGAGAUCCCGGUAGCCAACACGCCCCUGGACUACAUUCCUUUUGACAAACUCCCCACUGAUGAGGAGCUUGGCGGUCCCCCUUCCGAGACAGAUCACACAUCUUCGACCGCUUCUGUGCCUUAGAGCAUGCAUGGGAGUGACGGAUGGACGUAGUGCAGACUUUAAUUCCAUCAUGUCUUCCAUUAUGAGUACCUGAACUGCUAAACAUGUUUUGAAUUUCAUAAAAUAAUAAUGAUGCAUGUUUUAUUU